GAAAAGUGAAGUACCAGCUGACAGCAGCGUGUAGCACACACACUUCUGUUAUUGAAGGAAAAGUGACUGACUGGAUCAUAAGGGGCUGUACAGUGAGCAGACAUGGAAGCUGUCAUUGGACUGUUGUUUAUGUUACUCGGUGUCUCUUAUGGUGUGAUCACUCAUUGUGAUGGCAGACAGGAUGGAGCUCAGUGUUAUGUAACUUUGGGAGGAACUGUGGACAUCCAGUUGAUCAAUAGCACCUCUGAAAUACCUAGAUACCAGUUGUUAAAGGAUUCAUUAAAAAUACUAGCAGGGAGAAAUAAUACAGUUAUGUCUAAUGCCAUAGAGCAUAGGUCUCUCAUUUUUCCUAGUAAUGGAACAUUUAGGAUCAAUGACCUGAGUAGGAAUGACAUUGGUAAAUAUACCCUUUUAACCUUUGAUUCAGAUGGAAGAAAAUCAGGCGAGCGGACUCUAUAUUUGUUUACUCAAGGUGUGGAAACUUACUGUGAUGGCAGACAGGAUGGAGCUCAGUGUUAUGGAGCUUUGGGAGGAACUGUGGACAUCCAGCUGAUGGACAGCACCUCAGAAAUACCUAGAUACCAGUUGUUAAAGGAUUCAUUAAAAAUACUAGAUGUGAGAGGGGAUAAGGUUAUUUCUAAUACCAUUGCACAUAGAUAUCUCAUUUUUCCCAGCAAUGGGACAUUUAGGAUCAAUGGCCUGAGCAGGACUGACAUUGGUAAAUAUACCCUUGAAACCUUUGAUUCAGAUGGCAGGACAUCAGAUGUUUGGACUCUACAUUUGUUUAUUCAAGGUGUGGAAACUUACUGUGAUGGCAGACAGGAUGGAGCUCAGUGUUAUGGAGCUUUGGGAGGAACCGUGGACAUCCAGCUAGUGAACAGCACAUCUGAAAUACCUAGAUACUACUUGUUAAAGGAUUCAUUAAAGAUACUAGAUGUGAGAGGGAAUAAGGCUAUUUAUAAUACCAUAGCACACAAAUCUCUAAUCUUACCCAGUAAUGGAACAUUUAGAAUCAGUGAUCUAAGCAGGACAGACAGUGGUAAUUAUAGCCUUAUAACCUUUGAUUCAGAUGGCAGAUCAUCAGGCCAGCAGACUUUACAGUUGCUUAUUCAAGCUCCUGUGUCCUCUGUCCUGCUGGUCUCUCAGUGUCUGUCCCAGGGACAGAUGAGGGUGUCCUGUUCCUCUGAGGGAGGGGAUAGUCCUCAGUACAGCUGGACUCUGGAUGGACGCACACUGACAGAUACUGAGCUCCUUCCUGGAAACAAUGAGACUAACAUCAUCACUUUGAAACAUCACAUCUCGGGACAUCUGGUCUGCUCAGUCAAGAACAAUGUUAAUAGUGUCUCCAAAGAACAGGAGAUAUCUACCUGUGUUGAGUGAGAACAUUGUAAGCAGUAUCUAAUAAUGAAUCAGCAAUUCAGUCACUGUAGUUUCACAGCAAUCCAGGUCAUGGUAGUCUUGAGAGCUAGAGAUACUUGUACUUCACUCUGCCACACAAGGUGCCUGUAUUAACAAUAAGUAAAAGGACUGUUCUGCUCCAAAACUGUUGCUAAUUUUGACCUCACGUGUGAGACGACUUGUAGACAUUGUGAGAUAUUGCUUGUGCCUUGUGCAGAGUGUCCUACCUCAGCAGAAGGUGAUAUUAUCAUUAUUCAUGCCAGUAUUUAUAACUUUACUAAUUAUAGAAUUAUCUGUUUGUGUCUCAGAAAAUCACACACAAAUUAUCACAUACAUUCACUUCUAUCUGCAAAAAAUUCAAAUUAAGGCUGGCAAGAAACAGAGACAUGAUGCUGUUCAUUUUGUCUGUAUGAAUUUAUUAAAGACAGUUAAUUGAA